AUGUACCAGCCAAUUGACUUUUUCCCAGUAAAAACCGAGGACCCAUUCCUCCAGUAUAGACCAUUCCCUGAGAACCCAUCAAACUAUUUCGAGGCUCAUUGGCAUGAGAUCGCUGCGUCAUUUUUGUUCUACGUGCUGAUCCAAUACAUAUCAGCAUUUAGCUCAAAAUACAUCUUUGGUGAAACUUACACCAAAUUGGACCGUAAGACCAAGGUCAACUUUGACAUUCACGUAGUGUCACAAGUGCAAUGCGUCAUUUCGAUUUAUUUUGUGGUAAAUUGCUGGUACCACCCAAUGUUAUACAACUACACCACUGACCCAGUGUCUUCCAUUGUAGGUUACUAUCCAUUUGGAGGUUUGGUGGCAGCUGCUACCACGGGGUAUUUCCUCUGGGACACCUACGUCUGUCUCGCAUACUUCCUGUUGUUCGGAACCGGUUUCUUAUUCCAUGGAUUGGCUGCACUCUAUGUGUUUGGAACUGCGUUGAUUCCAUUUUGCUUACCCUGGGUUCCAGCGUUUUUGUUAUUUGAAGUCAGCACACCCUUUGUUAACAUGAACUGGUUUGCCUCAAAAUUGCCUGCAGGAACCUUCAGUGAUAAGUUUGUCAUGAUCAAUGGCUUAAUUUUGAUGAUAGUGUUUUUCGUUGUUAGAAUCUUAUGGGGGUUCUACGCAGUCAGUCAGGUGGCUGGAUCGUUAUGGCACACCAGACAUUUGUUGAAUCCGUUUUUCCCCGUGGUAGUUUUGAGUCUUAACAUGAUGUUGAACUGUUUGAAUGUGUUCUGGUUCUACAAGAUGGUUAAGAUCGCGCAGAAGAAAGCUAAGGCUCUGAAAUCGAAGAAAGAGUAG